AUCAAUGGCAAGACGGAUGUUUCAUAAUAAAAAACGUUCACUGAACAUACUGCACGGAUAGUGUAAAUAAAUAAGAAUUUUUAGAUUUAUAGCAAAGCGAAUCUACCUCUUGUUUUAUACGAGGUUUUAGUUUUUUUUUUAGUAAUGCCUGAAUCUACAACCCUGCCAACGGAGUCGGCGAGUACCGAAGAAGACUCCAAAUAUAAGCUGAGAGCGGCUGCGUUUCUUGGACUGGUUGGUGGUGUAUCUGCAAUCUUUGGAUUUUCUAAAACUCUUGGAAAAGCAAAGCAAUCACAAAAUAAGUUAAUAGAUAAAAGUGGUCGCGAAGCAGCUAUAUUGCUCGAAGAAGGUUCUGCAUUAGCACUGCGUGCUUUAGGAUGGGGUACUCUAUACGCUGUUCUGGGCACUGGUGCGUUUUGUUACGGUGUUUGGCGAUUAUCGGGAGCUAAAAAUAUGGAGGAAUUUCGCACAACAAUGGGCAAAGGAUUGCCCAGAAUUACCAAAGACUCACCUCCAACUAGCCGCACAGAAUUUGAUUCACUCACAGACUUCAUGAAAUAUGUGGGUUCUGGAUGUAGAGAAUAACGAAGUCAUAUCAGUAUAUAAUCAAAAAAUAUGAACAUUGUGUAUAUAAAAUAAAUUAUUUAUUAUUAUUUGCCAAAUUCUCGGAAAUUUUGCUUUCCCUUUUAAUAAAUAUGUUAUGCUCGCAAA